AUGCCCCCUGUCCUCUGCGCGGAGGUGGCCCAAGCAAAGCCUCCACCUGCUGCAGGUGGAGACCCCUCGUCUCCGGGACCUUCCCUGCAUCCAAGACAGCACCCUGCCUCCGUGUUACUGGUAGACGAGGGCUUGUUCUCUGGCGCCUGCCCUGGUGUUUCAAGCUGUGCCCAGCCUGUGUGCUGUGAGGCCACCAUUUGUGAGCCUUCCUGCUCAGUGAGAAGUUGCUGCCAACCUGUGUGCUGUGAGGCCCCUCCCUGCCAGCCAGUCCUCUGUGUACCCACUCCCUGCCAGUCCAUCAUCUGUGAACCCAGCUGCUGCCAGCCAGUCAUCUGUGAACCCAGUUGCUGUUCAGCUGUCUGCACUGUGCCUAGUUCCUGCCAGCCAGUGGUCUGUGAGCCUGUCUGUCAGCCAGUCUGCCCCACGCCUCACUGCUGUCCAUCUGUCUGCUCUGUGGCUAAUAGCUGCCAGGCUGUCUGCUGUGACUCCAGUCCUUGUGAGCCACCUUGCUCAGAGCCCAGCAAUUGCCAGCCAGCUUCCUGUGUGGCUCUGGUCUGUGAACCUGUCUGCCUUCGCCCUGUGUGCUGUGUUCCAAGCCCUUGUGAGCCACCUUGUGUCUCCAGCACUUGCCAAGAGCCUUCUUGUUGUGUCUCCAGCAUCUGUCAACCCGUCUGCUCUGAGCCCAGCCCCUGCUCAGCAAGUAUCUGUGUCUCCAGCCCAUGCCAACCUACCUGCUAUGUAGUUAAGCGCUGUCGGUCUGUCUGCUGUGAGCCCGUUUCUUGCCCAUCUACCUCCUGUCAACCUCUCUGCUGCCGCCCAGGGUCUUCUGCAUCUGCCAUCUGCCAGCCAACUUGCUCUCGGACUUUCUACAUACCCAGCUCCUGCAAACAGCCUUGCACUCCUCCGGUUUCUCACCGCCCAAUCUGUCGUCCAAUCUGUCGUCCAAUCUGCUCUGGACCCAUUACUUAUAGGCAGCCGUAUGUGACAUCCAUCUCCUAUCGCCCUGCCUGCUACCGCCCAUGCUACUCCAUCCUGCGCCGCCCGGCCUGUGUCACUUCACUCUCUUACCGUCCGGUCUGCUCCCGCCUGCCUUGCACUGACUCCUGUAAACGAGAUUGCAAAAAGUCCACUUCCAGUCAACCGGAUUGCACUGACUCAACGACCUGCAAGGCUGAGGUCUCAGAUGCCAGUCCCUGCCAGCCCACUGAGGCCAAACCCACCAGCCCAACCACCCGUGAGGCUGAAGCCAGCCCACCUACUGCCACCAAGCCCGCCGACCACUGA